CAAGAGUGUGCUCCCCAUGUUCUCCUCUACGAGCGGCCCCGAUCGGAAGGUGGUGGUCUUAGGUUCUGCAGGUGGCAUCGUCCAGCCCCUUGCGCUCCUGAUGAAGCUUAACCCCCUUGAUUCCAGUCUCGCUUUGUACGAUAUUGCCGAAACCCCUGGCAUGACUGCCGAUGUUAGCCACAUCAAUUCCAGGGCUCAGGUGGCUGGGUACAUGGGCGAGGAUCAGCUAGGGCAAGCCUUGGAGGGUUCAGAUGUGGUCAUCAUCCCAGCCAGUGUCCCCCGCAAACCUGGCAUGACCCGCGACGAUCUCUUCAACAUUAACACCGACAUCAUCAAGUCAUUCGUGAAGAUGAUGACAAGCACGGCCGUCGGGCGUCGGAGUCGAAGAUGCGGAAGGGACCCGGAUGAAGGCUCAAACGGGCCCGGCCGGGCCUGGGCCCAUGCUUUGGGCCCAAUGGGCCGGCCCGGUCUGGUGCCCACCCGGGCUCAUUGAGAUUGCAAUAAGUAAAGCUCAGCUGAUGAGUCCCACCAUUAAAUAUGACAAUUUUAUAGAACUUCCAACCUUGCAUUGAGAAUUGAUGAUAGAACCUAUCAGUAGCAGUAGGCUGAAAUAACUUGAUUUGGAAGG